CUUCAGUCUGCUUGAAAGUUUACUACUGGAAACCUGCUUGUAGGUUUUAAAUUUGCAAUCAAGCAAGUGACCAUAGCUGUGUGCCAUGGAUAAGACAUCAUCUUCAUCACAAUUCCUCUGUUAAGUCAUCAGUAUCACUGGCUGCUGCUUGCGCAUGGGAUCAGUACUUAUGCUUCGUUAGUAUAAAUAAUGGUACUGAGAACGCCAAUAAACAUGAGUUUAGUGGACAUCUCCAAGAUCUUUUCAAUGCUCCAGCCCAAGGACGAAGAGGAGGACGAUGGUGAAAGAUGUGAACUCAGCCAGGCAGUGUCUAACGAUGACGACAAGCUUCUCGCUGAGCUCCUGUCCCAGGAGAGGUACAGAAGAUUCAUCAACAGCAGGAGCGGCUGGGGUAUCCCGGGCACCCCUCUCCGCCUGGCCGCUUCUCGAGGUCACCUGAGAUGCCUGGAGGUUCUUCUGGCCCGUGACGCUGAGGUAGACAGUUUGGAUGUGAAGGCCCAGACUCCCUUGUUCACUGCUGUCAGUGGGAAGCAUCUAGACUGCGUUCACGCUCUCCUACAGGCAGGAGCUAACCCUAACGGCAGCAUUUACAACAAUUGCUCCCCAGUGUUAACGGCUGCAAGAGAAGGGGACGAGGACAUCUUGAGAGAACUGCUCCAUUUUGGUGCAGAGGUUAACGCUAGAUCUAAGGUUCCUCACUGGGCUUCGAAUGCUAGUGCUUGUAGUGGACCUCUCUACCUUUCUUCAGUUUAUGGACACCUUGAUUGCUUUAAGCUUCUUCUUCUUUACGGGGCGGAUCCGAAUUAUAACUGCACCGAUGAGAAGCUCCUUGCCAGGAUCAAACAGCCCAAGACAGUGUUGGAGAUGUGCCUGAGACACGGCUGUGGGGUGGAAUACAUCCAGCUCCUGAUUGAUGUUGGAGCAAACAUCUACCUUCCCACACUCAUCAUAGAGAAAACCACAAAGCAAAAUGAAGCAGUGGAACUCCUGCUAAAAGAAAGAGCUUGUCCAAAAACCCUGAUGUCUCAGUGUCGGCUAGCAAUCCGAAGCUACUUGAGAAUGGCCAACAAAAUGCAUUCCAUUGACCGACUGGACAUCCCACCAAUACUGAGGAAGUACUUAAACCACAUGACCUGAGUGGCGUGGAAUUCACAGUGAUGUCACUGCCCCUGCUGUGGAGCUGCGCCAUGGAAACCUCAAUAACAGAAUGCUGCUUUCCUUUUGUACCAUGGUUAACUGCUGUUUUAAUUACACUCUGGAAGCAAGGCAAGCUGUUUUAAAUGGUUUUAAAUACCACUGUGUUUGCUACAUAUUGUCUGAGGACUCAUCCAAAUUACCACAAGGGUCUUUAGACCUAUUAAAAUAAACUGCUAUAUAGUGUGCUGGGAAUUCAAAGGAUAAAGUGUAAGAUGGAGUUGAGAGGUAUAACACUGCCCCCUGAUGGGUAAAGGGGGUAAUGCAUUUUAAAUUAAUAUUUAACCUCUGUAACCGCCUGCACAAGCAGGUUCUUUUUGUUGCCGUGUUUGAGGUGCUGGGUUUGCAAGAACUAGGUACGGAGUCUGUGAAUCUGGUUGCCCUCGUGAACCCUACGAUCUUCACAGUGAAAAAGAAAACCUAAAAUCAUCUGCAUUAAACCCAACUGGUCUUGCUCGAUUCAUGGCUGGGCUUAUUCUCCCUGCACCCACUGUAGCAUCAGGGGAAUGCAAGCAGAAGUCAGCUGUGAGUUAUGCAGCCUUAGCUAUUGAUUAACGCCUUUUGAUACUUAACCGACUUCAGCAAGUCUGGUGUGUCCUCAAUGCACAAUGCCAAGGCAGGAGGGUUGCCUUUCAUAUGUAUCAACCUGAUGCUCUUUAUAAACCUCGAAGAGACUGAAUACCUUAAAGGCUAAUGGCUUCAUUUUACAUUGUAAUUUCUCAGCAUAUGUGUGUAUGUAUUUAAGUGUUUAAUGUAUGCAUGCUAGUCAAAGAGGAGGUGUCACUAAAAUGUGCUUUACCAUGCCAAGCUAAUCUAAUGCUGCUUGAUGAUUUACCUUUUUCAACAGUUUUUUUAAAAAACUAUUUAUUCUCUGAACUUUAUUAAGGCAUAACAUUUUAAACUCUUCUCAUCCACUAUCACCCGCCGAAAGGACCUUUGCGGUCUUGAAAGCUUUUAUUUUGUUGGAAGUUAGUCAUCUUUUUACACAACUUGUUAAGAUAGAAGGCCAGUCUGGUUAUUUAUUUUGUAAUACCCAUCUUUCUUGAAUAUAAAUGAAUCAAUUUUAAUCACAUUAAUAAAACAUUUAAAAAUA